AUGGAUAUCUCAUUCCUAUCACCAGAGGCGUUCAUCCAAACGGCGCACAAGAUGUAUGCCCUGGACUCACUUGAUCCAAAUACGAACUGCGAACUGUUGGCUCUAAUAUCAACCACAAAGCUGUCACACAACACGAUGGUCCAUGUUCUUUACUAUCUGCAUCUUUUGCUAACACACAGAACAUAUCUAUAUCAUCAUCCCGCCACUCAAGGUCACAGCCAGAGUCGUCAACUUGGUUUCAACACUAGCUGCAGAGAAAAACUGCUACCCGCUCCUCAUAGACGCACAUCCGCUGACCUUUUCGAACUUUUAAUUGUUCUCAUGAUGGUUGCCAACAAGGCGAACGAUGAUUCUAGUUACACAAUGAAGACGUGGGAAAACCUCACACCUUUGAGUAUUUCCGUACUACGAAAGCGUGAACUUAUUGUGCUCAAGAAACUCAACUACAAUGUGUUUCUAAAAACCGAAGAUCAUGCGAAGUGGUGCACACAAGUCUACGCCAUGGUGAGAGGAGCACUUCCGAACGUGCACCACCAAGACGUUUCCCAACAAGGGCAACCGAAAGAAACAUACCCAGUUCAGGCCGGACCUUUCACCACAACACCUCUUUGCAACGCUGUAUCUUCCUUAUCACCCUUGGACUCGUUGCCACUAACUCCAAGAUCGCCUUCACUGGAUUUGUUGUUAUAUGCGCAUGCGCCAGUUGCAAGCUUACCAAAGCGCAAGCUCUACGAUGGCAACGCAGAACAAAGAUGUGCAAAGAGAAGUUGUUACAACAAAGCCAAUGAUAAUAACAACUCCUAUGGAGUCGUAACAGAUCUUACUUUUACUCAAACUCUCACGGCACCAAGCAUUUCACUACCAUUGCCAGCAUUUCCGUAUGAACAGCAACUCAAUCAACAACAAUACCAAUAUCACCACCAAAAUCAGCUUUUGACUCCAUUGAAACGUUUCGACUACGAGUAUGAGUUACAGGAGCAUCCACAAGACUGUUCUUGUUGUGCUUUAACACGUAUGACAGACGUUUAUCACAACAACUUGAGAAAUGGAUUGAAACUUUAG